ACUGCACUCACAAGCAGAUACUGUUCGUUCAUAGAAAAGCAUGGGAUACAAUUAAUCUCUGACUGAGAGGAUGGAGUAAUGGGAAGCAUGCUCUUUUAUCGACCAUUUAACUGUAUGUCGCUGAUGUAGUGACAUCUGACCAAAAGUUAAGACCUUUGACUUUUAAAGGUUUGUACAUCAACGAGAUCCACAAUAUAUUGGAAAACUCGGGUAUCAAGGCUUUAAGUUUGAUAUAAAAUGCAGCACUGCUCCUGGUUCCUGCACACUGGAGAACAUUUCUACUAAAGAAACUGGAAUGGAAUCAAUACACAGUUCAGAUCAUCAGAAAGUUCCCAUUUCUGUAGUGGUCAUGUGUUUGGAGUCAGCAACAUAUACCUCAGGAGAAGAGUUUUUCAUUGGGUACAAGCAAGAUAACAAAACUCAGAUCAUUAAUCCCAAGGGAGAUCAGGACAAGACUUCAUCAUCACUCUGCUGUAUCAAGAGGCCAUUGGAAUUGUACAGGGAGUCUGAACUUGCCAGUCAGAGUAUUGAACCCAGUGGACGUCGGCAGCAUGAAAUUUCGCUGUACCCCACAGAAUGGACUUUGAAAAGUAAUGUUGUGGAACCAGAUUCUGCUUCAGUUCGGAAGAUGCCUUCUGUUUCCUCCAUGUAUAAAAAUACAUGCAGUUCAGCAAAUUCACCAUCUGAGCUAAAAGUCAAGAAUCUUGGAUCAAGUGUUAUUGUAUUUUCUGAUUAUGUGUGUCAAGCUGAAUCUACACCCCAUAAAAACACUGAACUCUACAUCUGUGAAGCAUCAGAUGGGUUUUGUGAACCAUCUUCGUCUGAAGAUAAUUCCACAGAGAUGUCACAUAAUGCAGGAUAUUUUAUGAGAAAGAGAAGGCAAGGUGUCAGUGGAGAGCAGAGAUGCAAUGCUGCCAAUGUGAGUGCAAGACUCUGCCAGUUUAGGAAAUACACUGAGGAUCUAGAGGUCCCUGAUAAAGACAAUCCAGGGGAGAAUAAAGAAAUGAGAGAAGAGGCAGAGUCUAACAAAGAUGUCUUCCAUUGGAGAGACUCCAUGACUUUGCUGAUGAAGAAGCUUGACCAGCUGAACCUGGACAUUGAGGAUGCUCUUAUCGUUAGUCCCUCCCCUGUUGGUCCUCCUGCCAUCAAGAGACGUUGCCACCAGCAGCCAGCGCUGCCACUGAAGUUGAGCCAGGAGACAGCUGAGAUUGAAGCCAAGGAAGCAUGUGACUGGUUGCGAGCUGCUGGAUUCCCUCAGUAUGCGCAAUUGUAUGAAGAUUCCCAGUUUCCAAUUGACAUUGCUUCUGUGAAGAAAGAUCAUGAUUUUCUUGACAAAGAUUUCAUAGAACCACUUUGUAGGCGACUGAAUACAUUGAACAAGUGCACUUCUAUGAAAAUAGAUAUAAGCCUUCCCAAGAAAAAAAGUGAAGACUCCGAUGAAGAAGACUUGUGUGCAAUCAGUGACAAAUGGACCUUUCAGAGAAGUAGCAAGAGAUGGUCGAGACUAGGUGAUGUUGAUGUACUGUUUCCUAGGCAAGAUGGCCGGAUAUCUACAGGAAGCAUGAAACUAAAAAAUACAACUAGCAGUGAGAGCGUGCUUACAGAUCUUAGUGAACCAGAGGUAUCCUCCAUUCACAGUGAAAGCAGUGGGGGAAGUGACAACAGGAGCUUGGCUGGUAGAACUGUCGAAACAAACAGUGCAACUGCAGAACACCCAGAAAGUUCUGUACGGACCUCUGUUGAAACCACAGUAAUGCCAGACUCCAUCUCUUUCCCACAAACUGCGAAAGACCUCACGAACUGCAGCUUUAAUGUGAAAACUGAGAAGAAUGCAAGGGUGAAGGCAAGGAAUCUCUUUAAGCGUAUGGAAACAUUAAGACCAAGAGCUUCUCAUAAGUUAAAGGGUUCUAUGCGAUCUGGUGUUUUGGUUAUUAGUUCACCAGUACUACAACAGGAGCCAGAGUCACUGAGGACAAUGCAUUGUGUGGAUAUAGUCAAUGAAAAUCUUAAUAGUUUAGCAAAGGAUUCAACCAAGAGUGGAUUUUCUUCAUCUACUCAGUCUAGUAGUGAUAGCCACUCAGAAAACAGUGGCAGUACAGCAAGUACACCAUGCUUAAAAUCAAGGAAGAGACGCUUUGCCAGCAAGCGGAGUGGCAUGUACCUCGAGGAUGUGGACAUCCUCUCGGGGACAACAAUGAAGCAAGUGGCUGAUCAAAAUCGUAGGAAUGAAUUUUGUUCCCAGGAAAACCUUGUUGUUCACAUUCCAAAGGAUCACAAACCAGGAACCUUUCCAAAGGCACUUUCCAUUGAAAGUCUUUCUCCUUCUGACAAAUGCAGCCCUGUAAAUUGGCGGACUGGGAGCAUCUCUCUAGGAAAACAGAAGUGCAGCAAAUCCAAGAAUUGUCACCCUAGGGGAAGCAGAAUCAGUAUUUAUGACAACGUGCCUGGGUCCCAUUUAUAUGCCAGUACUGGGGAUUUAAUGGACUUGGAAAAGGAAGAUAUUUUUCCCCACUUGGAUGAUAUUUUACAGCAUGUGAAUGGACUACAACAGAUUGUGGACCAUUGGUCAAAAAAUGUUUUGCCUGAAAUACAGGAUGAUGAACUCUCAGUCUGCGAGCGACAGUUCAACCCAUGCAAUCACUUGAUGCAUGACUUCGAAAGACACUCUAUGUCGGAUGGUCAGAUUACUCCCAGUGACCUUGAACGUGAUGGGCAUUCCCUCAACGAGUCUGAAGCAGUGGGAAUGAGAGAUCGCAGGGAUUCUGGAGUAGGUGCAUCUUUAACCAGACCCACCAGGUUGAUAUUUGGAGAGUGCAGAAUCUCUGUCAAGGAGAUAUCCGGAACCAGCAUGAAUGAAAGGCGUCAGAAGUUGCGAUGGCACAGUUUUCAAAUCUCGCAUCGACUUAGCUUCAGCUUAGCUUCGCUGCAGAUCAGCAACCAGUCGGCAGCUCAGCUCAAUCUACUACAGAAGUUCUCCCUCCUUCGCCUCACUGCUAUAAUGGAGAAAUAUUCCAUGUCUAACAAACAUGGCUGGACCUGGUCUGUGCCAAAAUUUAUGAAGAGGGUGAAAGUGCCUGACUACAAGGACAAGAACGUCUUUGGUGUGCCUUUGAUAGUUCAUGUACAGAGAACGGGACAACCUCUCCCUCAGAGCAUUCAGCAAGCUAUGCGCUAUCUCAGAAGCCAAUGUCUAGAUCAGGUGGGUCUCUUUAGGAAGUCUGGAGCCAAAUCUCGAAUUCAGGCACUUCGACAGAUGAAUGAGGCUUCUCCAGAUAAUGUUAGUUAUGAAGAUCAGUGCCCAUAUGAUGUAGCAGAUAUGCUGAAGCAGUUCUUUCGGGAUCUUCCUGAUCCUCUCCUGACCAGCAAGCUAGGAGAAACCUUUCUUCAUAUCUAUCAAUAUGUACCCAAAGAGCAACGUUUGCAGGCAGUGCAGGCGGCCAGCAUGCUGAUGUCAGAUGAAAAUCGUGAGGUCCUGCAAACACUACUUUGUUUCCUUAGUGACGUGACUUCCGUAACAGAAAAUCAAAUGACUGCCAUGAACCUUGCUGUCUGUCUUGCACCUUCCCUCUUCCACCUGAACCUGAUUAAGAAAGGAUCCUCCUCACCAAGGGUAAUGCAUCGCAAGUAUGCAACAGGAAAACCGGAUCAGAAAGAUUUGAAUGAAAACUUGGCAGCAACUCAGGGGUUGGCGCAGAUGAUCACAGACUGCAACAAAAUUUUCCAGAUUCCUCAAGAUAUGAUGACACAAUCACGAAACUCCUACAUUGAAGCUGAUGCCCACCCUUUGACUCUCGAGGAGCUUGGGAAGCAACUAGAAGAUGAGGGAGCAAACUAUCAGACGUACCUGGAGAACCUCAUCCAGAACCUUCAGAAAGAAGCCAGAGAGAAGUUUAAGGGCUGGGUUUCAUGUCCGUGCCCUGAUAACAUUGAACUUGCUUAUAAAAAGGUUGGUGAUGGUCACCCACUCCGUCUGUGGAAGGUGUCCAUUGAAGUGGAGGCUCCACCUGCUGUAGUGCUAAAUCGGGUACUACGAGAGCGACACCUGUGGGAUGAUGAUCUUCUCCAGUGGAAAAUCAUAGAAGCACUAGAUAAGCAGACAGAAGUCUUCCAAUAUGUCUUGAACAGCAUGGCUCCUCACCCUAGCAGGGACUUUGUCAUUCUGAGAACCUGGAGAACAGAUUUACCUAAAGGAACAUGUGCACUAGUGGCCAUCUCCAUUGAACACGAUGAGGCAACUUUGGUGGGUGGAGUCCGUGCUUUGGUCAUGGAUAGCCAGUGUCUGAUCGAGCCCUGUGGCUCUGGGAAAUCCAGAAUGACACAAAUCAGCAGAGUUGACCUAAGAGGUCGGACUCCAGAAUGGUACAACAAAGCCUUUGGCUAUCUUUGUGCCGCAGAUGUUGCAAGAAUUAGAAACUCAUUUCAACCUAUAAAUGCAGAGGGACCAGAAACCAAAAUCUGAAACAGAGAUGCCUUUAAUAGAAAAGGGUGCAUUUGUCAAAGGAAAAUGGAUGCCAUUUUACAGGAACCAGAGAUGAGAAUGGAUAAAGGAGCAAUAAAGUGCUUCACACUAAUGACCUGCUCUCUGGUAAAUAGAUUUGUAAAAUUAUCCUGUAUCAAGUAAUUCUCCAGCAGAGCUCACACUGUGCUGUAUGGUUGCCAUGGUGUUCCUCUGGGUUUUCUAACAUUGCAAUCUGCCUCUUUGUGAUGUGAUUCAAUCUUUCCAAACUCAUGGGCCCGUUGCUCAAUCAAUUUUAUAAAGUCAUGCCUCUGGAGCUGUUUGGAAAGUUAUAGUUUUAACAUUUUUUUAAAUUUUUAAUUUAUCCACGUAUGCUCAGUGGACUCCAAGUUUAUGGUCCAGGAAAUUACAGUGGGGCUUCUAAAACAUCCAUUAAGCUAUACAAAAUUUUAAUCUGUGCUUUGCACAGUUUGAGGAAUAAAUACUUCUGAGAAGCAUUUAGAUUUGUAUAAAUAUGUGUGUAUAUAUAAAUAUAUAAAUAUGUAGAUAAUAAAGAUAUCUAUGAAGAAUAAGCAUAAAUAUAUAUAAAACUGUAUUCAGAUUUUCAGCCUUAAACAAUCAGUCAUGAUGCAGGCUAAUGAGCUUAUAUUCCUGUCACUUGGAUCCCAAUAUCUUGCCGCAGAAUUUGCUGUGUAUGUCAGAUGUUUACACAGUGAAGCAAUUUUCAUAGUGUCCUUUGUUAAGGUCAGAUUUGCCUUGACAAAGCUGCAGCUUGACUACCUGUAAUGAAAAUUGUUCUGAAUACCAACAGAGCUGAAAAUAAUGUGCAUGUACAGAUAGAGUAGAAUGUUCUACCAAGUCCUUCCCUCCUGCCAACCUGCAAAUAUAUAUUUAAAAAGUAAUUAUGCAGUUCAAUAAUUUAUUGUUUACUCUGGAUUAACUAAAACAAGAAUCUAUGCUGGAAGCUUAAAAACUUUUCUGAGGAGAAUAUCGUAGUGAUUUUACUCUUAUUAUACUGGGCAUGUUUUAAAGCACAUUAUAAUUUUCACUGUUUCUUAUGCAAUGUUCAAGGUGCAGUUACUCUUAAACAAUUGUGAAAAAGUUGCCACGUCAGUGUCAUGUACUCAAUUGCAAUAUAUCCUUCAUGAAUGUAGUCACUUUAUAUGUGCAUGUGUCAAGUGAUUGUACUCCCAUUUGUACUUGGGCCAUAUUUUCAGCAUAGUAUUAUAUCACUGAUUGGGAUUCAGAAUGACAAGGAAUUUUAUUUAAAGAUGUAGCUAUUUAUACCUCAUUUUUACCUCAUUUGCUGGACUUUUGUUGAUUGUAAAUAUGAUUACCUAAUAUUUAGAGUGAGAAAUUCUGAUGCAGUUUAAAGAAAUACGUGGUUAAUGUUUUCAUUAUUUCUUGUACAAAAUUUAUUUUUCCUUUUGUCAUAUUAUGAAAUGCACUAAUAAAGAUUACAUCAUAAGUA